AUGCAAAUUUGUCGAUCUAAAAUAACUAUGUUUAAAAAAGUAUAUUUUUCCUUAAAUUAUCAGUUUUUCACAAUACAAUCUCCUUAUAAAAACUACAUAAUUAAUAAAAUUUUAAUUUACGAAAAGUUCAGAAAAAUAUUAAAGCGCAUUACUUUAAUUAUUCUUAGUUCUGUGUUUGGAGUGUUAAAGAUUCUAUCUGAAGGUACAUUGCUUGAUUUUGGUUGA